AUGGCAAAUUCCUCUGGCUUUCUUCUGAUCAUCUUAUGUGCCCUUUUGGUGUCGACAACCGUGUCAUCCACCGCGAGUGGCUACGACUGGAUGGACAUAAAACAGGGGUGCAAAGGGUCCAUAGCAGAGUGCAUGGGCGUGGGAGAAGAGUUCGAGAUGGAUUCUGAGAGCAACAGACGCAUAUUAGCCACCAGCAACUACAUAAGCUACGCGGCUCUGCAGAAAAACAAUGUUCCUUGUUCAAAGAGAGGUGCUUCAUACUACAACUGCAAACAAGGUGCUGAAGCUAACCCCUAUAACCGUGGCUGCAGCUCCAUUACACGUUGCAGGAGUUGA